GGUGCAAAGAAGCGAGGGAUCGUUCAAAGUUCCUUAGAUUUAAGGAAAACUCAUCCGUGUUUUGGAUUCUUUAGAUUUUUCAUCAUCUCAAUUUGAUUUCAUGGUUUCUUCGUCCAUGGCGCGCAAAAAGUGUUCUAGGAAAUGACGGCAACCGCUGAAUUUCUCCGACAAAGUUGUGCAGAGAAUGCCAACCUCUUCACUACCUCUGAGUAUUUUGAAAAGAUACACACAUGCCUAUUGCGGUUUCACGUCAAUGUACGUGAAGGAUGUGCUCACGAACAUGUAUUUUUUAUUUUCAAAAUAAACCGAACUUGUUUCAAAUGGCUUCUAGGUGCGCACCCGCCUUGGCAGUUCAAAACACGCACCUAUGGGCGUACCUACAAACUCUUUUGAGUGGAUCUGAGAGAUGUGGGAUCCGCUGUAGAUGACCACAGCGAUCACUCAUUAACGCCAACUUCUCAUGGAAUUCAAAGCUUUAGACAUGAAUUUAUUAAAAAGCAAAGAUAAAAGAAACCAUGAUAUUCAUUAAAACAAGUUGUACGCUAUUUUAUUUUCUUUAUUAUUACAAAAUGAUGGUUUGAUUUCCAAAAGGCGGUGCAGCUCGUAGUUAGUGGUAGACGAAAAAUGGGAGGGUGGUGGUGGUACUCACUACGGACUGCUCUAAAUAUUCACAUUCUUUUUGUUUACCUUACCGAAUAGGCUGCGAGUUUUUUUUAUGUUACAACUAUACUCAAUUUUUUUUGUCAGUAUCUCUAUGGUA